AUGACAGCGGAGGAAACCAUAAACGUGAAGGAGGUGGAGCUCAUUAAGGUGAUCCUGGACUUUCUUAACUCCAGGAAGUUGCACAUCAGCAUGCUGGCUCUGGAAAAGGAAAGUGGUGUCAUCAACGGGCUCUACUCAGACGACAUGCUCUUCCUGAGGCAACUGGUGCUUGAUGGCCAGUGGGAUGAGGUCCUGCAAUUCAUCCAGCCUUUGGAGUGCAUGGAUAAGUUUGACAGAAAAAAGUUUCGUUACAUUAUCCUAAAGCAGAAGUUUCUAGAGGCUCUGUGUGUGAACAACGCCAUGUCUGCAGAGGACGAACCACAGCACUUGGAGUUCACCAUGCAGGAAGCAGUCAAGUGUCUUCAUGCCCUUGAGGAGUUCUGUCCCUCUAAAGAUGACUACAGUAAACUGUGUCUGCUCCUCACCCUGCCUCGCCUCACAAACCAUGCUGAGUUUAAGGACUGGAACCCAAGCACAGCCAGAGUGCAGUGUUUUGAAGAUGCCUGCACCAUGGUGGCAGAGUUCAUCCCCGCAGACAGGAAGCUUAGUGAGGCCGGAUUCAAAGCUAGCAGGGAUCGACUUUUCCAGCUGGCUCUCAAGGGAGUCCUCUAUGAGUGCUGUGUGGAGUUCUGCCAGAGCAAGGCAACAGGUGAGGAGAUCACAGAGAGUGAAGUUCUCCUGGGUGUUGACAUGUUGUGCGGUAACGGCUGUGAUGACCUGGACUUGUCCCUGCUCUCCUGGAUGCAGAACCUCUCCCAAAGUGUCUUCUCCUGUGCAUUCGAACAGAAGCAACUCAACAUCCACGUGGACCGCCUGGUCAAGCCGGCAAAGACCGGUUACGCUGACCUCCUCACCCCACUCAUCAGCAAAUUGUCUCCGUACCCCUCCUCUCCCCUGCGACGCCCCCAGUCUGCUGACACCUAUAUGUCGCGCUCAUUGAAUCCGGCGUUGGACGGGCUGUCUUAUGGCCUCUCUGGCCAGGAUAAGAGAGCAAGCGGAGGGGAGAGUGCGCCAGGCAAAGGGGUCUCUCCCAUGUCUCACUCAUUUGCCAACUUCCACUACCCUGGAGCUGGCGGGCAGAGCCUGAGCAGGAGUCUCAUGAUGGAGAGCUCCGACUGCCACAGCAUCUUUGAGGAAUCCCCUGAAACCUCAAGGACAGAAACACCUGUGGAUAAGAUGAUGAGUUCAGGUGGAGCUCAAAACGUGCGUCCUGCCUCAGCUCCGGGAGAGGAUGCACCUUCAGCUGGCUCUGCUGACAGAAAUGAGCUUCGGGACUCUACAGAGAAGUAUGAGGAAUAUUAUCGCCAGCGUCUUCGUGUGCAGCAGCACUUGGAGCAGAAACAGCAGCAGAGGCAGAUGUAUCAGCAGAUGUUGCUGGAGGGAGGGGUGCAGCAGGACCCUCCACCCAGCGACAUGCAGCACAGCCUCACAGAGAAGUUCCUCAACAGGUCCAUCCAGAAGCUGGAGGAAUUAAAUGUGGGGAUGGAGAAUUUAGGAGAGGAGGUGAAGUCUCUGGCUCAGCAGUGCAAUGGCAACGCGAACACAGCCCCAUCUGAGGACAAUAAUAACUCUCCAUCUGUGACCCCGGAGAAGAACAGCACCCAAGGGGGAGGGGUGCUCAGCAGCACCCCAGAGCGCACCGUGGGAGGCCGCGCAGUCCCACCCCCAAACGAGUCCCCUGUCGUCACCGAGAGUGAGAAGAAACACAAAGAAGGUCAACAAGAUGACUCUCCAGGCUCCUUAACCCGGAGUAAAGAGGAUGACAAACCAAAAAGCCUGUUUGUGCCAGUGCACUCUCUAGAAGAUACUCAGGCUGUUCGGGCCGUUGCUUUUCACCCGUCUGGAGCGCUCUACGCUGUAGGGUCCAACUCCAAAACGCUACGUGUCUGUGCUUAUCCAGAAACACUGGAAGCAAGAUCAAGUCCAACGAAGCAGCCAGUCGUCCGCUUCAAGAGGAAUAAACACCACAAAGGUUCCAUCUACUGUGUGGCCUGGAGCCACUGUGGGCAGCUGCUGGCGACAGGCUCUAAUGACAAAUAUGUUAAAGUCCUACCUUUCAGUGCAGAGACCUGCAACGCCACAGGCCCAGACUUGGAGUUCAGCAUGCAUGAUGGCACCAUCAGAGAUUUGGCCUUCAUGGAGGGUCCAGAAAGCGGAGGAGCCAUCUUGAUCAGUGCUGGAGCAGGAGACUGUAACAUCUACACCACCGACUGUCAGAGAGGACAGGGCCUGCACGCCCUCAGCGGACACACAGGUCACAUUCUGUCUCUUUAUACGUGGGGAGGCUGGAUGAUCGCUUCUGGCUCCCAAGACAAGACAGUGCGUUUCUGGGACCUCAGAGUGCCCAGCUGUGUGCGAGUAGUGGGAACUGCUUUCCAUGGCUCAGGCAGUCCUGUUGCCUCGGUAGCAGUCGAUCCUAGCGGUCGUCUCUUAGCAACAGGACAGGAAGACAGCGCUUGCAUGCUGUAUGACAUAAGAGGAGGACGCAUCGUGCAAGUGUAUCGACCGCACGGCAGCGAUGUGCGGUCUGUCAGGUUCUCUCCUGGAGCUCACUACCUGCUCACCGGCUCCUACGACACAAAGGUCAUGGUCACCAACCUCCAAGGUGACUUGACCAAGCAGUUGCCUCUGACCGUGGUGGGAGAGCACGGCGACAAGGUGAUACAGUGUCGAUGGCACACACAAGACCUAUCCUUCCUCUCAUCCUCUGCCGACCGCACUGUCACACUUUGGACACACAAUCCAUGA